CAGCGAUGUACGGCGGUAUAUGCAUCUGCGUGCUCCUCGCUGUGCUCUCGGCAAGCUCGUUCGGACAGCAAACUGUGGGCUCACGCCAUGGGAAUCCGCUGGCUGCUGAGCUCGAGCAGAGCUUGACAGAACAUCGCCGGCACGCCCGGGCCCCUUCGUCUGCCGGACCACUGAAAUCAGCGCCACGGCUGGAUGGGAGCACGGACCAGAGAGCCAACCUUGGUGCUUUGUUGGCCAAGUAUCUCCAGCAAGCCAGGAGAGGUCCCACUGGAAGGCUCUCAGUGAUGGGAAACAGGGUACAGAGCAUCGACCCUACGCACAGGAUAAAUGACAGAGACUACAUGGGCUGGAUGGAUUUUGGACGCCGCAGUGCUGAAGAAUAUGAGUAUCCCUCCUAAAGAAGAGCAAGCUAUAGCAACCAGAAAAAAAAAAAAAAAAAAAAACACUCUCCCAUGUCUGUACAGAAAAAUUAAUUAGUUGUCCUCUUCAAAUCAGUGUUUUAAAAUAUCUCAUGUAUUUGAUGUAAAUUUGUCUGUAAGACUAUACAAUGCAAUAUAUACAUAUGCAGAAUUUUCCAGAAAAUGUUUUCUUUCUUUUGUGGUUUCUCAUACACUGAUAUUAUAUUAAAAUAAUUUC